UAAAGCCGACCGGGCGGCGACGCCUUCGGUCACGUGUCAUUGCGUGCUCUGACGUCACGUACGUAACAGCGAAGUCCGAUCAGCUGAUAUUCGCCGUGAAACAAGGCAGCGCUGAAGUCAUCGGAAGGAUACAAUUACAUGAUAAAGACAAGCGUUGCCAUUUCACUCUAGCGUUGGUAUACCAGCGGCCACCAUGGGGGAUAUCUUCCGAAGUGAGGAGAUGACUUUGGCUCAAGUCUUCCUUCAAUCAGAAGCUGCAUACUGCUGUGUCAGUGAGCUCGGAGAGCUUGGGAUGGUCCAGUUUCGUGACCUGAACCCGGAUGUGAAUGUCUUCCAACGCAAGUUCGUUAAUGAGGUCCGGCGUUGCGAGGAGAUGGACCGUAAACUGAGGUUUGUGGAGAAGGAGGUCAAGAGAGCUAACAUUGCCAUCGUAGACUCGGGAGAGAAUCCAGAGGUCCCGUUCCCUAGAGAUAUGAUUGACCUGGAGGCCACCUAUGAAAAGCUGGAGAAUGAGUUGAAGGAGAUCAACACCAAUCAAGAAGCCCUGAAGAAAAACUUCCUAGAGCUUACUGAGCUGAAGCACAUCUUGCGCCGCACACAGCAGUUUUUUGACGAGGCUCAAUUGCAUCAUCAUCAUCAGCAGAUGGAGGAUCCCAGCCUGCUCGAGGAGUCGUCCACCUUGCUGGACCCAAAUGAGGUUGGCCGAGUUGCACCACUGCGGCUGGGGUUUGUGGCCGGAGUGAUUGGCAGGGAGAGGAUUCCCACCUUCGAGCGGAUGCUGUGGAGGGUGUGCCGCGGGAAUGUUUUCCUGAGGCAGGCGGAUAUCGAGGACCCCCUCGAGGACCCCACCACGGGAGACCAUGUUCACAAGUCGGUGUUCAUCAUCUUCUUCCAAGGUGACCAGCUGAAGAACAGGGUGAAGAAAAUAUGCGAGGGAUUCCGUGCAUCACUGUAUCCCUGUCCCGAGACCCCCCAGGAGAGGAAAGAGAUGGCUACCGGUGUCAAUACCCGUAUAGAUGACCUUCAGAUGGUGCUGAAUCAAACAGAGGAGCAUCGCACAAGAGUUCUGCAAGCUGCCGCCAAGACAUUGAGAGUGUGGUUCAUCAAGGUGAAGAAAAUGAAGGCCAUUUACCACACCCUGAACCUCUGCAACAUCGACGUCACUCAGAAGUGCCUCAUCGCGGAGGUGUGGUGCCCCGUGUCGGACCUGGAAGCCAUACAGUUCGCUCUACGGAGGGGCACGGAAAGGAGCGGUUCCACAGUGCCCUCCAUUCUCAACAGGAUGCAGACUAAGCAGACCCCACCCACCUACAACAAGACCAACAAGUUCACCUCCGGCUUUCAGAAUAUCGUGGAUGCCUAUGGGAUGGGGACGUACCGCGAGAUGAACCCUGCCCCUUACACCAUCAUCACUUUUCCAUUCCUUUUUGCCGUCAUGUUUGGGGACCUGGGACAUGGCUUGCUUAUGACCCUCGGCGCCCUCUACCUGGUCUUGAGAGAAACACGGAUCCUCUCCCAGAAGAUUGACAAUGAGAUGUUCAACAUGAUCUUCUCUGGUCGCUACAUCGUCCUUCUAAUGGGGAUCUUCUCCAUCUACACGGGCACCAUCUACAAUGACUGCUUCUCCAAGACGUUCAAUACGUUCGGCUCAGCCUGGAGUGUCCGGCCAAUGUUUGGCGAGAAUGCAACGAACUGGACAUUCCAUACACUUCAAGGCAAUAAGCUGCUGCAGCUGGAUCCAGCAGUACCAGGAGUGUUCACUGGACCUUACCCUAUUGGUAUCGACCCGAUUUGGAAUCUUUCCAGCAACAAGCUGACUUUCUUGAACUCCUUUAAAAUGAAGAUGUCUGUCAUUCUGGGGAUCAUCCACAUGAUGUUCGGCGUCACCCUCAGCGUGUUCAACCACAUGUACUUCAAGAAGCCCCUCAACAUAUUCUUGGGCUUCAUCCCCGAGAUUGUGUUCAUGGCAUGCCUCUUUGGGUACCUAGUUCUCCUCAUCUUCUACAAGUGGAUCGCCUAUGAUGUUACCACCUCUAAAGAUGCUCCCAGCCUGCUCAUCGCUUUCAUCAACAUGUUCCUGUUCAACUACAGUGACCCUACAAGGCUGUACACAGGACAGAUGGUCAUCCAGUGUAUGUUGGUGGUCAUAGCCAUUUUGUGUGUUCCCUGCAUGCUGAUAGUGAAACCAUUUCUUCUCCGGCGUCAGUACUUGUGGAAGAAGCACCUGGGGACACAGAACUUUGGCGGGAUCCGGGUUGGCAACGGGCCGACAGACGACGAGGCCGGGAUCAUCGAGCAUGACCAGCUUUCUGAGCACUCGGAGGAUGAAGAGGAGUUCGACUUCGCUGAUGUGCUCAUCACCCACGCCAUCCACACUAUAGAGUACUGCCUGGGCUGCAUUUCCAACACUGCGUCCUACCUGCGCCUUUGGGCCCUGAGCCUGGCCCAUGCACAGCUGUCCGAGGUCCUGUGGUCCAUGGUGAUGCGCAUGGGCUUCUCGCGCAGUUACGUGGGAGUCGUUAUGCUGUUCUUCCUGUUCUGCUUCUUCGCCACUCUCACCGUAUUCAUCCUGCUGAUCAUGGAGGGUCUUUCGGCGUUCCUGCACGCGCUCCGUCUUCACUGGGUUGAAUUUCAGAACAAGUUCUAUUCAGGACAGGGGUUCAAGUUUGUUCCAUUCUCCUUCGACAGCAUCCUGCAAGGAAGAUUCGAUGAUUAAAUAAAGCACAGCCGUCACUGCCUUGUAAAUCACGUGUCACCCCGACCUUCCAGGAAUCACCUUCCUGUUUAGUGUAGUCACACUCUAGUCUCUGACCAACAUCUGCUACAAGACUGUGUGAGUGACUUUGUGUGUUCUUCUCAUUUUUAUUGUGUGUGUGUUUUUUUUUUUUUUUUUUUUUUGCCAUGACUGAAUUUCUUUGUUUUUACAAGCGACAUACUUCUGUGAUCAUCGAAGGUUUUCAGAAUAAGCAUUAAAGUAUAUUUUAUACCUUAACUUUUAUAAACAAAUAUUUAAUAUUAAACAUUGCAAGUAACACGAAUCAUUUUAAAAUCUACUGCUGGGGGGUAAGCAAGUGAUCCAGCAUAUUCAAAUAAGCUGUUUCAAUCUACUAUCACUUUAAAAAAUAGAAAAUGUCCAUUAUUUAUACAUAGUUUUACAUAUAAGUCAUUUUGAGAAAGAUGAGAUCUGUGGGGUCUGCAUGGUGUACUAUUCUGUCUAUUUUGAACUAAACUGAACUAGAAACAAGAAAGAUAAGGAAAUUAUUUGUUAUAUAAUGAGAUGAGACAGAAAUUGUGUGCUGUGUCAUAGAGGCAUUGUCUGUGUCAGGGAUCCUUGAAAACUCUUGUAUGGACAAAAAGGGUAAUGCUUAUCGCUUCUAACUAAAUUUACAUAAUAUAUGCAAUUCAUUUCUGUAGUAGGAAGAAUUGUUCUAGUGAAUCCUGCCUCUGAAAUCUUUUGUUACACUUUUACACUUACACCAUUACACUUCUGAUUCUGUUUCCUGUUGUGUUUGGCCAGUUGCAUCCCCUUUCUUGGCUCCCUUGCCAGCCAUUUUGCUUGCUCUCCCCCUCAGAUGAGUACCAUUCGCUUCGUGAAGACUUGCUGUUCAAAGGGACGAUGCAUAAAAUGGACUAAAUGCUGUCGGAGGCUCUGUAAAUUGAGCAUGCAUUUUAUUGGUAGUGGUUGUUAUGAAAAUGCUCCAUGCAGUUGCUGAGAAAUAUUCUCUGGAGAUCUUGCAUGUGCCAUUAAGCUUGGGAAGAUUGCCGCUGCUAGAACAAGGCAUUGAUUCAAAGGGCAGGCUGAGGUGUAUUGCACCUUUAUCAAAUCUAAUUAUAACGGGUCAGCAUGGUCUCAUUCUGCAGGAGAUUGCUGGCCUUUCACCACCAGAGGGAAGUGUUGAGUAACUGUGACCUAAUUGAUGUCUGCUGAUUGCCAGUUAUAUCAUAUAUUGCUUUGCGAAAAUAUAUAACGUGAGUACAAGUUGGGCAAGCUGCUACAUUCCAGAGAAACAUUUUCCUCACCAGUAACGUGAAAACGGAAGGGCACUACACGAACGGGAGGACACUAUCUCAGUCACCUCAAUUCACCAAAUUCCUAUUUCUAUCCUGCAGAAAUAUAACUUGUAUAAAAGUAUAUUUGACUUAGUUUGUCCUGGAACUCAUUUCUCCGGUGUCAAACACAGAGUUCCCAAACAUAUCUGUUGGAGUGACCGAAAAAAUAUUUACCUGUUUGUCACAUUUGAUCUGCAGGUGAUUGUGAAGAGUAGAGUUGUGUGCACUUAUCAUUCACUUGUUUUUUGUUCACUCUGUGUUGAUUUAUAUUUCUGUUAAGGACUUGGGCAGAAUGAUGUGAAGGGGUAGAGAUGAUGAUGGACCAUUAUUGGUACAAAUUGCUGGGUGUGAGCAAUCGGUGUUGUCCAAUAUGUUGCGUGAGGUGUGCAUUUUACAUCGGGACAUGUUUGCGCAUUGAAAUUUAUUAAAAAGAUGGGAAAGAG